AUGUCCAUCCUUCGGCAUGUGGACAGUGGAAUUGAAAGUAGCCGAGACUGCUUCAAGUCCAUCGGUAUCAAACCUCCUCGUGGUAUUCUGAUGUUCUGUCCCCCUGGUACCGGAAAGACUCUGGAUAUCAUGAGUAAGAUGGCUGACGAGAGUGAAAGCAAUCUGCGGAAAGCAUUCGAGGAGGCCGAGAAAAAUUCACCUGCUAUCAUCUUCAUCGUAUAUCGUGCUAUUCCUGACGCUUCUAUUAAGAUUGCCGCCGAUUCACACGGCUAUGUCGGUUGCGAUGUAGCAGUUCUUUGCUCAGAAGUUGCUAUGCAGCAGAUUCUGUUACUAUGGAUAACUUCCGCUUUCCCCCCAGUGCUUCCAACCCGUCAGCACUUUCGCGAGACUGCUGUCGAAGUGCCCAAUGAUAUUGGUGGUCUCAAAAAGCAUCCCGAGAAGUUCCACAAAUAUGGCCCUCCGGGGAUGGGUACCAAGACACUCCUCGCAAAAGCCAUCGUGAACGAACGUCAAGCCAACUUCAUCAACAUCAAGGGGCCUGAGCUGCUGAUGAUGUGGUUCGGUGAAUUAGAAGCCAAUGUUCAUAAUGUACUUGACAAGGGCCGUGCUGCCGCUCCUUGUGUCAUCUUCUUUGAUGAUCUUGACUCCAUUGCCAAAGCACGUGGUGGCUCAUCGAGCUAUGCAGGAGGUGCAGGGGAGCGUGUACUCAACACAGACCACUGUGUCCUUCCGAGUGGUGAGCUCGAGCUGGAGACCCAGUCUGUACUAUUGAGCCUGAAAGCUGAAAACUUGAGGGUAGCAUAA